CGCUGAGGCGGCCGAGCCCGGCCGAGCCCCCGGGGGGCAGCGGCGCAGCCGGGGCCAUGCCAUGCCCGUAGGGAGAGAUGCCUUUGGGAAAUGGAGACACUGGAUCACAGCGCAAACAUGGCGCCCCCGCGGCGCGGCUGCCGCUGCCGGGCUGGUGCCUGCUCUGCUCGCUGCUGUGCGGGGGCAUCGCGGCCGGCCCGGCCCCCGCCUGCCGGCCCUGCGCCCCGGGCUGUGCCUGCGCCGCGCCCGCCUGCGCCGUCAACUGCUCUGCCCGCGGCGUGGAGCGCCCGGGGCCCGCCGUGCCCGCCGCCGCCACCGCGCUGGAUCUUUCCAACAACAAGAUCAGUGGUUUAGAUGUUCAGCUGUUCAGAAGCCUGACUUCGCUGGCAAAGCUAGAUAUAAGCCACAACCAGAUUUCUACAUUAGAAGAUGGAAUAUUUGAUAAUUUAUUUAAUUUAAGUGAAAUAAACUUAAGUUGGAAUCCAUUUGUUUGUGACUGCAAACUGUCCUGGUUGCCCCGCUGGGUGGAAGACAGAAGAGUGAGAGUUCUUGAGGCGUCAGACACGAGAUGUGCCCACCCCCCCGAGGUGGCAAACCUGUCCCUCUUCGACAUCCCCUUCCCCAAUGCCACCUGUGGAGCUCAGUACAUCACGUGUCUGACAAACAACCACACGGAAGGGGCUGAACUUGUCGUCCUCUUCACAUCUGUCCACGCUGGGAACCUCAGCGAGGAGACCUGCAGUGCCCUGUGCUACGCCCAAGACCAGGAGUACGGAGGUUUCAGCUCCCUGGGGCAGUGUCUGUGUGGAACUGCCCAUGAAACAAACUCUUCCUCUGGCUGUUUGCCAUUUUGCACUGAGCAUUUGUCCGGGCAGGGCUGUGGUGGCCCGUCACUCGUCCCCUCGCCCUUCCAGGCACAGCUGCCUGUGUCUUUCACAGGACUCCAGCCCCGGUACAGCCUGCACCAGGCCGUGCUCUUCAAUGUCAGUAUUCCCAUCGCUGUCAGCACUUUACUGUGGGAAUUUGGGGACCAGACAGAGGUUCUCAACACCACUGGAAAUGCAGCUGUGCACACGUACGCCUUACCCGGGCGGUACAAUGUCACUGCCACCAUCCUGGUGGGCACCAAGGUCUUGUACGAGCAGGCAGAAGUUGAGGUGGUAGCUUCACCCCAACAGCUGGAGCUGCAGUGCCCUUCCUUGGUCAAGACGAACGAGAGUCUGGACAUCCGGAUCCGCAACAGAGGCGGCACCGGCCUCGCGGUGCUGUACGGGAUCACACAGGCCGGAGAGCUGGGCAGGGCAGUUCACCCCAUGUGCCCCCCCGAUGGUUUGGUGUUCCCGGGCAAUAACCACUGCUACCAGCUGGUGGUGGAGAAGGCGGAGUGGCUGGAGGCCCAGCGGCACUGCCAGGAGCACGGCAACGGAGAGCUGGCUUUUGUCAGCAGCCCCGAGAUCCAGAGCUUCCUGGUUGCUCGUGUCAUCAGGAGCCUCGAUGUCUGGAUUGGAUUCAACGAUUUUGCAAGCUCUGGAGCGCAGCAAAGAGGGGAAGGAUUUAAUCUGGAGAGCUGUCAGAACUGGCUGCCAGGAGAGCCCCAUCCCUCCAACGCUGACCACUGCGUCCGGAUGGGCCCGACGGGCCAGUGCAACACCGACCUGUGCAUGGCCAAGCACAGCUACGUCUGCGAGUACAAGCCCAAAGGAGUUCUCCUAAACGCCGAAAACUUCUUUGAGGGCGACGCUGUGUUUGACACCCCCGAGGCCGUGAGGAACGUGACUGGAGCUGUGCUGGCAGAGCCGUGGCAGGCUGAGGAGGUGAUGGAGUUCCCUGAGCUGGCAUUCAGGCACGAGGGGUAUCUGACUGCCCUGGAGUUUGUGACACAGGAUCUGCAUCAGCCCGUCCAAGUGAGGUUCCAGGUGCACAGGCCGACGGAUGGAGAAGACUACCAGGAGGGAAGCAAUGCUACGGAACCAUUCCACCCUGCUCAGGAUGACGGGAACUGGACGCUGCUGGAAUGUCCUCCUGGUUUCCAGUGGUGUCAUUUGACUGAUUUGUGCUCGUCCCACAACAACUGCUGCAAUGCGACCGAGUGUGCCAACAACAGUUCCUUUGCCAGCAGCCCUGCCCCCGGAUCCUUCCAGCCCAACAACAGCCAGCUCAGCUAUGAACUCCACCAGGAAUUUCUCUUUACAGUACCAGCUGGCCCCUCUUCCCAGUAUCAGGUCUCAUUCAGAAAAGAAAAUAUCUUUGUCAGGCCUGGGGAUGUCUUCAGCAUCCAGCACAAUGCAGGCUCGGGCUCCUUCCUGCAGUGCCAGCCCGGCGCCACAUCCCCACCCAGAACCGACGUGCUCCGUGUGAACUCCUCCGAGUGGGCCCUGGGCCCGUCCGAGGGCUCCGUGGGCCCCCCCUGGGUGAACAGCACCGUGUGCUCGCUGCGUGUCCGCUACGCCGAGGAGCAGCUGGUCCCGGUGCUCAGCCCCCACAACGCGGGGCUGGACCAGCCCGGCCUCUACACGGUCAGAGCCAGCGUGGACAACGGGGCCUUCAGCGCCAACCUGUCCUGCAGCUUCCGGGUGGCCUCGCCGGUGUCGGGCCUGCGCGUCAUCCACCCCGCUCCCCAGGGCAGCAGGGUCUACCUGCCCACCAACCACACCGCCCUGGUGCUCAAGCUGUCCUCGGGGGUGAACGCCACGGCCACCUGGCUGGGGGACAACCGCAGCGUGCCCUUCACCGGGGCCUGCCCGGCGGCCGUGGCGGCGCUCGUGGCGCAGUGUGCCAGGGACAACAACGACACCUGGUUCGCCGUGGUGCAGCUGAGCGGCCUCAGGGAGGGGCUCAGCACCCACGUGCUGGUGGCGGAGAACGCCGUGAGCUCCCAGAACAUCACGGUCACGGUGAAGGUGGAGGAGCCCAUCCGCGGGCUGAGGGCCACCCCCGACCCCGAGAGCAGGGUCCUGCUCAACACACGGGUGAGCUACAUCCCUGUGAUGGAGGCUGGGUCAGAUGUGACUUUCCGAUGGACAGUAGAUGAUAAGCCAUCUUUCACUUUUUACAAUGUUGUCUUCAACGUUAUCUACCAAAGCCCAGCCGUGUACAAGCUGUCGCUCACCGCCUCCAACCACGUCAGCAACUUCACGGUCAUUUACAACGUCACGGUGGAGAUGAUGAAUAAGAUGAAGAACCUGACGGUGUUGGGUGUCCUGCCAGUCCUGCCCCAGAACAGCACCGUGGAGCUCACGGCGAGGGUGCACGUUGAUUCGGCUGUGGAGGCUCUGUUCCUGUGGGAUUUUGGAGAUGGUGUCCAGGAGACGUACCUAUUCAAACCUCCCUACAACAAGUCUUUCCUUGUUCCUGACCCCAGUGUCCAUGAGGUUGUCAUUGAGCACAACGUUUCACACAUCUACCAAGACCCAGGAGAAUAUGCCCUGAUGGUUGUCGUGUCCAACCAGUUCGAGAACCUCACGCACUUGACCCCGGUUCACGUCCACAGUUACCUGGUUGAUGUGAAGGUGGAAGCAGAGGAGGAAGUUUUAGUCGUGAGCCGCCCAGUGACCUUCCGAGCCCAUCCCCUGCCGUCCCCCUAUGGCGUCGUGUACACCUGGGACUUCGGGGACAGGUCCCCCCUGCUCACAGAGAUCCAGCCUACAGUGACCCACAGCUACGCCCAGAGAGGGGUGUACAACGUCACCGUGACAGCCAACAACACCGUGAGCAGUGUGGAGACAGUGGAGUGCUACCAGGUGUUUGAGGAGAUCACCGGGCUCCGCGUUUCCGUGGGUGAGGCAGCAGAGCUGGGAGCGUCUGUCACCGUCAACGCCUCCGUGCAGACCGGGGACAGCAUCACCUGGGUGUUCGACCUGGGGGACGGGACGGUGCUCAGGAGUCAGGAGCCAGUGGUAGAACACGUGUACAUAAAGGACAUCAACUGCACUGUGAAUGUGACUGCUGUGAAUCCCGUGAACUCCGUCUCCCAGGCUGUUCCUGUUCGGAUAUUUGUCCUGGAAGUGCUCAAAAUAGAGCCGGCUUCUUGCAUCCUGGAGCACCCGGACGUGCAGCUCACCGCCUACGUGACGGGGAAUCCCGAGGAGUACAUCUUUGACUGGACUUUCGGAGAUGGCUCCUCCAAUGUCACAGUCAGGGGGGACCCUGGGGUGAGGCACAACUUCACCCGAAGCGGGACGUUCCUGCUCUCCCUGACCCUCUCCAGCAGGUUUAACAAGGCUCACUAUUUCACCAGCGUCUGUGUGGAGCCGGAGAUAGUCAACGUCACCCUUCUCCCUUCCAAGCACUUUGUGAGGCUUGGGGAAGAGAGCACCUUCCAGGUCAGUGCUGUUCCUCCCUACCAGUACCGCUACCGCUGGGAUUUCGGGAACAACGAGUCCGCCAGAUCGAGUGGGACUGAGGUGACCUACACCUACAAGAACACAGGGGUCUUCCUGGUCACAGUGACUGUCUCCAACAACGUCUCUUUCAACAACGACACAGCAUUUGUGGAAGUCCAGGAACCGGUUGGGGUAGCGAAGAUUGAAUAUAAUGGGACAGAUGUUUUGGAGCUGAACCAGAUCUACCUGUUCUCUGCCAGCAUGAAUGGAACCAAAGUGAGUUACUGCUGGGACUUUGGGGAUGGCACUACCCAGCCUGGGCAAGUGGCCACCCACUCUUACAACAGCACGGGCCAUUACAGCAUCACUGUGAUGGGCCAGAACGACGUGAGCUCCAACGAGACCACCAUCGAGGUCACCGUGAAACGUCGGCUCUUUGGCCUGACCAUCAAUGCCAGCAGGACAGUGGUGCCACUAAAUGGGUCGGUGAGUUUUGUAGCCACCCUCGUGGCUGGCACUGCCAUCCGCUACUCGUGGAUCCUCUGCGAUCGGUGCACUCCCAUCCAAGGCUCCUCCACGAUUUCCUACACCUUCCGCUCCGUGGGCACCUUCAACGUCAUCGUGACAGCAGAGAACAAGAUCAGCUCGCUGCAGGACAGCAUCUACGUCUACGUCCUGGAGCAGAUUGAGGGCCUGCAGGUGGCCAGCGGUGACCUGGUGGAGGACAUGUAUUUCCCAACAAACAAAACACUCCAUUUGCAGGCCGUGGUGAGAGAGGGAACGAACAUCUCCUACAGCUGGGCAGUCCAGCGGGAUGGCAAUGCUGUGCAGACCUCCACUGGGAAAACCUUCUCCUUUAGCGUCCCCGAAGCCGGGAACUACACUGUCUAUCUGAAGGCCACCAAUAUGCUGGGAUGUGCCACUGUUAACAGGACGCUGGAGUUUGUUGAAAGCCUUGGUCUCCUAAAGCCCUUCGCCUUCCCCAACCCAGCUGCUAUUAAUGCCUCUGUUAACAUAAGUGCCACCAUAACCAGUGGCACUGGCAUCACCUAUGUGUGGUACCUCGAGGAUGGCUCUUCUCCUGUUACUUCUGAACCCUUCAUUAUACACUCUUUCCAAAGCCCUGGGGUGAUCGAGGUCGUCGUAGGAGCAGAAAACAAGCUGAAUUCAACCAAUUCAACAAUUUCUAUCUGGGUAGAGGAGGUUAUAGAGGGGCUGAGUAUAGGGACAGCAGAGCUGGACUGUAGGUACGUCUCAUCAGGCUCCACGGUGGUCUUUGAGGGGGAGCUGCAGAAAGGGACUGAAGUGACCUGGCUUUGGGAGGUGCCCAAUGGCACCUUGACUGGCCAGUCCGUGGCAGUCACAUUCCCUACGGCAGGGCUUUAUACAGUCCAUCUGAAUGCAUCCAAUGACAUCAGCUGGGCUCUGGCCAGCAGGAAUAUCUCAGUGCUGGACAGGAUCCAAGGUCUGGAAGUUCUCGCCAGCAAGAAAGUGGUGGAGCCAGGGGAGCAGGUCACCUUUGUGAUCAGGAUGUUGUCAGGUACCUCUGUGAGUUACCUGGUGAGCAUAAGCGGGGACUACUCUGUGGUGCUCAACGGGUCCAGGUACACCCAUGAGUUCACCAAGAGCGGCGAUUACCUGGUGACUGUGACCGUGCAGAACCAGAUCAGCAUCGCACACGCCCAGGUGCUCAUCUCUGUCCUGGAGGCCAUCCGGGACGUCAGGCUCCUGAACUGCUGUGAGGAGGGCAUCCCCACGGGCACGGAGAAGAGCUUCAGUGCCCGUGUGGGGAGCGGCUCCCGCGUGUCCUUCUCCUGGCGGUUCUCCCUGUGGAAAGAGCAAGGUCGAUCCGUGGUCACUGUGUCAGGAGAGAGUGUUUCCUACACUCCAGAAGCUGCAGGGCUGCUUGAGAUUCACCUCAGUGCCUUCAAUGACUUGGGAAGUGUCAAUGUCACCAGAACCAUCCAGGUCCAAGACCCGAUAGUCCAGGUCUCCCUCUCUGCCUCCAAUGCCUUUGUCAACAGGACGGCGCUGUUCGAAGCCACGGUGGUGCCCAGCAGCAGGAGUGUUGAGUUCUUGUGGAGCUUUGGGGAUGGUUCCUCCGCUCAAACAACCAGGGUUGCAGUGGCCAACUAUUCCUACCUGAGCCCCGGGGAUUACCUGGUGGAGGUGAAUGCCACCAAUCUCAUCAGCUUCUUCAUAGCCCAGCUCACUGUCACCGUCAAAGUCCUGGAGUGCGAGGAGCCGGAGGUGGAGCUGGCCUUGCCCCCCCAGGUGGUCAUGAAGCGAUCCCAGAGGAACUACCUGGAGGCCCAGAUUGACCUCCGAGGGUGCAUCAAGUACCAGACAGAGCACCUGUGGGAGAUCUACCGAGCACCCAGCUGCAUGGACCUGGAUGACUCCAGCAGGAUCCGGCUGCCGAACGUUGACGUGAACAGGCCCCAGCUGGUUAUCCCGAAGCUCGCCCUGCAAGUUGGGAACUAUUGCUUCAUGUUUAUUGUCUCCUUUGGAGAUACCCCGCUGUCCAAAAGCAUCUUUGCCAAUGUGACUGUGAUCCCAAGUAAGCUGGUCCCAAUCAUUGAUGGGGGGUCAUACCGUGUAUGGUCCAACACUCAGGACUUAGUCUUGGACGGGGAGAAGUCCUAUGACCCGAACUUGGAUGAUGGUGCACAGACCCCGCUGUUGUACGAGUGGUCCUGUACAUACUCCUCCAAGCAGAGCUCGGCUGCAGGGUGCUCUCUGAAUUUCAGUGCCAGUGAAGGAAUUGUCACAAUCCCCAAAGCUGAAUUAGAAGCAGAUGUGGCGUACACGUUCGACCUCACCGUCAGGAAGGGGGACAUGAGUCCUGAGGCAACCAACCAAACCGUGUUCAUCAAGAGGGGAGGAGUCCCUAUCGUGUCCCUGGAGUGUGUUUCCUGCAAGGCUCAGUCUGUCUACGAAGUCAGCAAGAGCUCCUACGUCUACCUGGAGGGGACCUGCCAGAACUGUCACAAUGACUCCAAGAUUGGGAGAUGGGCAGCACACAGCUUUAAGAACAGGUCUCUCAUCCUGGACAAAACAACAACCUCCACUGGGGACACGGGGAUGAACCUGGUGCUGAGGCCCGGGGCACUGAAGGAUGGCGAGGGCUACACCUUCACCCUGCACAUCACAGACCUCACCACGGGGGAGGAGGGCUUUGCCUCCAUCGACCUGCUCCCCAACCAGCCCCCCAUGGGAGGAAAGUGCUUCCUGUCUCCCAAAGGACCCCUCAGGGCGCUCAUGACCAAGGUGCACUUUGAAUGUGCAGGCUGGCGGGACACGGAGGACGCGGAGGCCCCUCUGGUGUACAUCCUGCUGGCCUCGCGCCGCCGCCGCGGCCACUUCCACGAGUUCUGCCUCUACAAGGGCAGCCGGGCCGAGCACGGCGCCUUCCUGCCCCCCGGCUUCCACGAGAGCGGCUUCCAGGUGUCCGUGGCCGUCCUCGUGCAGGACCAGCUGGGAGCCACCGUGGUGGCCAUUAACAGCUCCAUGGAAAUUGGCUUACCCGAGGGCUUUCCCAGCCUUUCCCACUGGCUCUACAACCAAACUGACACUGUGCUCCAGGGAUUGGUGAAACAAGGGGACCCUCAGCAGGUCAUUGAGUACUCCCUGGCCCUCAUCACCAUCUUAAAUGAGUAUGAGAGAUCCAUGCUUCUGGAACCUGAGGCUGGGAAUGAAUUUGAGCUCCGAACCUGGACUCGCAACAACAUCACGGAGACCCUGAACUCUCUGAAGGUGAACACUGUUGAUGACAUCCAGCAGAUCUCGGCGGCCCUGGCGCAGUGCACGGUGGUGAGCAAGGAGCUGGUGUGCAAGUCGUGCCUGACAAGGACCUUGAACAAGCUGGAGACCAUGAUGACCAUUCUGCAGGGGGAAACAACCCAGGGCACUGUGACUCCGACUGGCAUCGCUGACAACAUCCUCAACAUCACAGGUGACCUAAUCCACCUUGUCAAUACGGUUUCACAAGAAUCCAAGCCCCAGGAGCUGCUUGCUGAUUCCCACAACUUGCUGCUGGCUCCCAAAGCCUACAACCUGUCCUCCAGCCUGAUGCGCAUCCUCAUGAAGUCCCGAGUGCUGAACGAAGAGCCCCUUGAGCUGGUGGGAGGAGAAAUUAAGGCCACAGGCAAGAGGUCUGACCCCUUUAACUUGCUUUGCUACGAAAACACACCAAACUGCCAGUUCUCCAUCCCCCAGGCCUUCAACUCCACCCUUUCCAACCUGACGGAUGUCAUUCAAGUCAUGUUCCAAGUGGACUCCAACCCUUUCCCUUUUGGUUACAUCAGCAACUACACUGUGUCCACCAAGGUGGCCUCCAUGGAGUUCCAGACACACAACGGGGUGCAGAUCCCCAUCGGGAGCCUGGACUCAGAGAAAGCCAUCACUGUGAUGGUGUCAAACAGCACAGAUCCCGACAACCUUGCUGCUGGCACGGGAGUCAUCGAGCCAAGGACGUCUGUGAACCUGAUUGUGAACAUGGAGAGCAACAACAGAGAAGCAGGACUGCAUUUCCAGCUCACCUACAGAGUCCUCAAUGAUCACUACCUUGCCAGCGAGCCUGAGCCGUUCAUCAUGGCCUAUCUCCAUCACGAGCCCGAGCCCGACGAGCACAACUGCACUGCCUCCAAGAAAAUCAGCCUGGAUGCCCUGGCUGGAAGUGACCACAAGCUCUACACCUUCUUCACCUCACCCAGAACGGAUGAUCCCAUCCAGAGAUACUACCUGAACAUCACCAACCACUUCAGCUGGUCUCCAGUGGAGGUGACGCUGGGGCUCUACACAUCCCUGUGCCAGUACUUCAGCGAGCGGGAGAAGCGCUGGAAAACGGAAGGAAUUGUCCCCCUGGAGGAGACCAGGCCAGACCAGGCCGUGUGCUUAACCCAGCACCUCACUGCCUUUGGGGCCAGCCUGUUCGUGCCCCCAAACUCUGUCCAGUUCAUCUUCCCUGCCCCGGGCCCGGGUCUGAACUACAUCGUCCUGCUGACGUGUGCUGUGUGCUUCGUGACCUACUCGGUGGCUGCGCUGAUCGUGCACAAGCUGGACAUGAUCGACCUGCACCGGGUGGGAGUGAUUCCCUUCUGCGGGAAGAACGGGAUGUACAAAUACGAGAUCCUGGUGAAGACGGGCUGGGGCAGAGGGUCAGGUACCACGGCCCAUGUGGGCAUUGCCCUGUAUGGGGUGGACAACAAGAGUGGUCACAGACACCUGGAUGGAGACAACGCCUUCCACCGCAACAGCCUGGACGUGUUCCAGAUCGCCACCGAGCGCAGCCUCGGCAGCAUCUGGCGCAUCCGCAUCUGGCACGACAACAAAGGACUCAGCCCCUCCUGGUACCUGCAGCACGUCAUCGUGCGGGACCUGCAGAGCAGCAAGAGCUACUUCUUCCUGGUGAACGACUGGCUGUCGGUGGAGAGCGAGGACAACGAUGGCAUGGUGGAGAAGGAGGUGUUUGCUGCCAGUGAGACGGAGCUGAGGAGCUUCUCGCGGAUCUUCGUGGCGGAGCUGCAGCGAGGCUUCUUCGAGAAGCACGUGUGGCUGUCGCUGUGGGACCGCCCGCCCCGCAGCCGCUUCACCCGCGUCCAGAGAGCCACCUGCUGCUCCCUCCUCGUCUUCCUCUUCCUCUGUGCCAACGCCGUGUGGUACGGCGUGGUGGGCAACGUCCACCUCAGCAACGUGGCCGUUUCCAACCUGAUCCCUGUGAGUGUGGACACAGUGGCUGUUGGCCUGGUGUCCAGUGUGGUGGUUUAUCCCCUCUACCUGGUCAUUUUAUUUCUCUUCCGGAUGGCUCGUGGCAAGGUCUCCAUCAGCCACACAGUGACUCACUCAGACCAGCAGUCCUUGGAGAUUGACAACUACCUGGACUCCUCAAUCCUCGACAGCUCCUUCCCCACCUUCCCCGGGCUCCAGGCAGAGGCCUUCUCUGAGCAAACCAAAACAGAUCUGUUCUUGGAGGACUCCAAAAGCCUGGUGAGGUGGCCCUCCAGUGAGGCCCUGCUCAGCUGGCCAGACCUCCUCAGUGACCCCUCCAUCAUGGGCAACACCAUCCAGAAGCUGAAGAGAGGCCGGGCCAGCCGCCACCUCGGGCUGGAGGCCCCGCUGGCCACCGAGGAGGACAGUUUGUCCCUUGGCAUUCACCAGGGACAGCCUCGGUACUUCUCUGCCUCAGACGAGGAUCUGAUCCGGCAGAUCCUGGCGGAUGGAGCCAGCGGCAUCUCCCACUCCCAGGACCUGGGGCCGUACAUGAGGGCUGAAACGGAUCUCAUCUCAGGCCUGUCCAGCGUGUUCGGGGAAAAGGUGGAGACUGUCAUGAUGCAGAAGCUGAACGACAAAGGGCAGAGCAUGGCAGCUCCUCCCAGGGAAGUGAGCAGAUCAGCCAAGUCCACGUGGACAGUUGCAGACCAAACGUUCAGGAAGCGCUUGCUCCCACCCUGGUGCUCCUACCUGGCUCAUGGCAUCAGCCUCCUGCUCUUCGCCACCUCCACGGGGGUCUCCGUGUGGAUCGGGGUGGGAUUUUCCUCCAGCGUGGCCCUCAUGUGGCUCAUCUCAGGGAUAUUCAGCUUUUUGGCAUCCUUCCUGGUCUGGGAGCCCCUGAAGGUGCUGCUGGAAGCCCUGUAUUUCUCCCUGGUUGCCAAGCGCCUGCACCCCGAGGAGGACGACACGCUGGUGGAGCAGCCCUGCGUGGAGCACGUGUCGGAGAAGAUCAGCAAAGUGCGGCCCCCGCAGGGCUUCGCCCUCUUCCAGGCCAAGGAGGAGGCCAGGAAGGUCAAACUGCUGCACAGGAUGCUGAAGAAUUUCCUCAUCUACAUGAUGUUCUUGCUGGUGAUCCUGCUCACCAACUACGGGGACACGUCCCGCACCAGCCGGGCCUUCCUCCUGCAGAGCUCCAUCAAGCAGCAGCUGGGCAGCAACGAGUUCCUCCUCAUCAAGAGGUCGGAUCAGUUCUGGCCCUGGAUGUCGCGGGUGUUCCUCCCGUACCUGCACAACAACGGCUCGGGCCAGGAGAGCCACAGCACCACGCUGGGCACGGCCCGGCUGCGCCAGCUCCGCCUGCACCAGGCCGAGUGCCAUGCCCAGGACAUCCUGCCCGGCGUGGGCAGGGCCCGGAGGAGCUGCACUGACCAGCACAGCUUUGCCACUGCUGACUAUGGCACAGGCUGGGAGAGGGCAGCGGGGAACGUGACGGCGGCGUGGGCACACUCCCCACCUGACCUGGCAGGGAUCUGGUACUGGGGUUACAUCUCCUUCUACGACAGCAGCGGGUACGUGCAGGAGCUGGGCCCUUCCCUGGAGGAGAGCCGGGCCCAGCUGGACUUCCUGCAGCAGCACACGUGGAUCGACAACAUGAGCCGGGCAGUGUUUGUGGAGCUGCUGCAGUACAACCCCAGCGUGGACCUGCACGUGGCCAUCACCCUGCGCCUGGAAUUCCCGGGAUCCGGCCAGGCCAUCGCCGCCCUCACCAUCAGCCCCUUCCCGCUGCUGCGGCUCAGCGGGGGGGUCACCCUGCAGCUGCUCAUGAUGGUCUUCCUCAUGAUGUUUGUGGUUUACUUCGUGGUGUCGGAGUCGCUGUCCAUCAAGAAGGAGGGCAGAGCCUACUUCACCCAGUGGGGCAACUACGGCCAGUGGCUCUUCAUCCUGCUCACCACGAGCACUGUGGUGGUUCACCUCAGCCAGGCCACCCUCGCUGACCAGCAGUGGCUCAAGUACCUCAACAACCGCAGGGGCUUCACCAACUUCUACCAGGUGGCCUUUCUCAGCUCCAUGUUCAGCAGCCUGGCCGCGUCCCUGCUCUUCCUCCUGACUGUGCAGGCUGCCCAGCAGCUGCGCUUCGUCAGGCAGUGGUCAGUGUUUGGGAAGACCUUCCAGAAGUCGGCCAAGGAGCUCACGGCUGCAGGGGUGGCCUUCGCCCUCCUCCUCCUGACCUACGCCCAGCUCGGCUUCCUGCUCUUCUCCUCCUCCACCGAGUCGUUCCGCAGCGUGGGCAGCAGCCUCCUGCUGCUGCUGGCCCUGCUCCGGGGCAGUGGGGGCCUCCGGCCCUGCCUGCCCGAGGCCUCGGGCCUCUGCUGCCUGUUCUGCACCAGCUACAUCGUCCUGGAGGUGUGGAUCGUGCUGAGGCUGCUCACGGUGGUGCUGAUCCACAGCUACCGCGAGAUGCACUUCGAGCUGUACCGUCCUGCCUUCGAGCCCCAGGACUACGAGAUGGUGGAGCUGUUCGUGCGCAGGCUCAAGAUGUGGAUGGGCUUCAGCAAAGCCAAGGAGUUCCGGCACAAGGUGAGGUUCGAAGGGAUGGAGCCGCUGCCCUCCCGCGACUCCAGUGACUCCAAGUCCUUCCGGGGCCCCACUCCCAGCGCCGCCUCCGACAGCUCCAGGGCCUCCACGUCCUCCAGCCAGCUGGACGGGCUGAGCCUCGUGCUGAGCACCCGGGACAGCCUGGAAGUGGACGCCGACAUCCAGCGCCUCCUUUCCCUCUUCGAGAUGCUGCUGGCCCAGUUCGACCGCGUCAACCAGGUGACGGAGGACGUGUCCCGCAUCGAGCUGCUCCUGGAGGGCUCCCGGGGCCGCCGCUCCCGGAGGAGGCCCCGCGGCCCCGAGGACGGGCUGGGCAGGGGCUGCGCGGGCGGCUCGGAGCAGGGACCCUCUCCGGAGGUGUCGGACACGGACGCGCAGCCCCCGCGGUCCCCGCGCGGUGCCGGGGCCGUGCCGGGCGGCCGGGGCUCGGUGCCCAGCCAGGGCUCGGUGCCCAGCCGGCUCCUGCGGGCGAGCCGAGGGGUCAGCGCGGUGGCCCCGGGCAAACCCUGCGGCGUGGCCGCGCCGGCCGUCAGGAGGAAGCGGCCCCUCCGCGCCAAGAACAGGGUGCACCCCACGGUCAAGUAGCCGUGUGCGUGUGGGUGAUGGGUGCAGGAGCGAUGCCCUGGCAGGGCACAGGGAGGGUUCGCCAAGGGUGGGCUGUGCCCGCCCUGCAGCCUCGGGAGCUGCCCCGCGGCUGGGCCGGCCGGGGCACACGGGGCGCUCCCGCCACGCCGCUGGCACGGCCACCCCGGGGGCCUUCCAGUGUUACAGAGCAGGGGGAGAAGGCCGAGCCUUUCCCCUGGGGCUGGGCAGGUGCAGGAGAUCCCCGUUGGAGCGGGGACCAGGGUGGGUGUUAAGUGGCCCCAGCUGUGGGUGGUGACGGGGGUGGGCACUGGGCAAGCGGGGCAAAGCUCAGCCCCUUCCCUUGCUGGCUGUGCCGGAUGGGAAAGGACAGGAGAGCCCCAGGCCUCGAAGGUUUGAACCAAGUCUUGGAUUUUUGUCGACCAGACGCACUGUGGAGGAAAGCGACAGCUUUCGAGAAGGUAUUUAACCCACCUUGUUUUUUAAGCAUAAAUAGAUAUAUAGAUAAAUGCUAUCUACGCCCAGAUCAGUUAAUUUCCAGUAUUGGCUACUUUUAUCCUCCAGAAAUUGGUACUAUUAUUUGUAUUUAAAGAAAUCCAAUAUUUAAAACAAAGGACAUUGCAAGCUCCAGCGAGCCUGGCCAGGCUGGGGGGGACAGGGAGCAGCAGCUCAGCUAGAGGGCUUUGAGACCCCGGGGCUGCUCCAGCCUCCUCCAAUUUGGGGUUCCCAAGGUGCUGGUGUCACCAUGGUCCCCACCCAUCCCUGUCCCCCCUCCGUGGCCCCCGGGCACUGCUGGCUGCUUGGCUUCUCUAACCCAAGGAAUGUAUUGCCCUAAGUAUAUGUAUUUUUUUUGGUUUACUUGUUCCUAUGUACUGCCCAGCACUUUAAACAAGGCUUUCCUCGGCUACAGUGACACGUGCGAGCUAAGAACGGGAUAAUAUAUCACAAAAGCAGUAUUUUGUUUGUUUAAAUCAUAAACUGAAAUGGGUGGCGAGGAGGCGAGCGCAGCCCCUGCUCAGGCAGCACCUUCCCUACAGCACAAAGGAGCUCCUGAGGGAGGUUUUUGGGGGUCCCUGCAGCCCUGCCCCCCCGGGACUGGCCGUGUGCUGGGCCACAGCUGCUGGGCUACAGCUGGGCUGUGCCACGGGGCACCCCCAGCUCACAGCACGGGGGUGCAGAGCAGGGCCUGGGCCCCCCCCCCCCCGGGGUCUGCGUUCCCCUCCUCAGCCCCAUUUCACCUUAUGGCUAUUGUAAGUAAUUUAUAUGGGGUGUGUUUGGUUUUUAAAUGUAUAUAUUUUUGUAUGUUUGCUAUAUUUUCAUAGCAUCGGUACCGUGUUUGAAACAUGUAGAUAGGAGACAGAAUACUAUUGUCAGAGUUAUUUAAAGGAUGUAUUAAGUGCUUCUUCCUGGGAAUGUCCCGUGUAUAUAAGGAUUGGGUGUCUGUGUGUGUGUGGUGCGUGUGCUCCCCUGGCUGAGGGUCGGCCAGGCUGGCUCGGGGCAAGGGGGGGAAGCCCCCAGGGGGUUCCUCCAUGUGUUCCAGAACCUGCUCCAGGCUUUGGACAGGCCAGAGGGUGGAAGGGAAGGCUCAGGUGGGCAGUGCUGCAGGGGAGGUGUCUUGGGAUUGGCUGCAUUGUGCCUCUGAUGCUCCUGGAAGCACCUUCCCAUGGCAGGGGAGACCUUUCCAGGCAGAGAGAGGAGUCUCCUACGGCACUUCCAUCACCUGCUGAGCCUCCCCUCCAGCCCCAGCUGUGCUGGAUACUUCUUAAGAUUUCAUUCCAUGAUCCAUGUGCUUCCUUGGCUCCUUGGCCACAUCCCAUCUGGGUGGCUGCAGGAGGACAGUGGGUACUUUGUGUUGGCUUUAGGACAGGUCUGAAUUACCUCUGGAAAACUCGGCUGCUGUGCAGGACAGAUGCUGUGGGAAGGUUGCAGAGGGAUGAGGGCGGGAGAAGAGAAAGAGGAUCAGUCAAAGUGAGCUGGUGGUUGGUCAGCGUGGAGGUGUUGGAAGAGCAGAUGGCACAGAGAAGUGGAAGUGUAGAGGGGAAAUCCAGUCCUGGUAACCAGGACACGUUGGUAAUGGCAGGAAAGGCAGGUGGGAGAAGACAGAGAAGGUCAGAGGGAGGAUCCCAGCUCAGGGGCAGGAGGUGCCUGGAGCAGGCAGAACCAGCACUUAGUGGUUGAGCCCAGGGCUGGGGCCAGGCAUUGGUCAGCUUUGUGCUCUGUGCUCCAAAAAAAACCCCUGGUUUUCAAGGCAGAGAUGUAAAACUGUUGGCCUUGGAUUUUUUGUUCCUUUAGCUUCCCAGGCAGCACAGCACCAGGCUCUGCCCUGGCAGAUGUCCAUGAUUUAUUUGGUGACAAUGCCAGUGCAAGCCCUGUCCCCAAAUCCACAAGGCAGUAACAGGAGCAGUGGUGAGGUGUCCCAGGGACCUGGAAUGUGUCUCUGCAGCUGAUCAUGGCACAGGGCUGGAGUCACAUCCAGCUCCUAAGCUCCUUGCUCCACUCACAACUGCUCCGGCACAGCCAUGUGGGUGUGGAUCCAGCCACCCCCGAGGGCCCUGGGGGAAUGUUCAGUGAUUGAAAUGAACCAAGCAGGUCUUGGAAAUCUCUUGGAGAGACAAAAAUUUCAGUUCACGACCCAGAGUUUAGUUCUCAGCUUGAGUAUCCUCAUUAAAAAAGGUCGGUGGUGAAGUGCAGGAAGGAGAGAUGGAGGCAAGAGGGGCAAGAGCAGGGCCCCAACUGCCUGGAGCAGCCCUUUCUGAGCUAAAGGGGAAGCUGUAACAAGGACACUCCCCAAAUCCAUCAGGACUUUUGUUCCCAAGUGCCUGUUCCUUACUAAGCUUGCCCUGUGUGUAUGUGUGUGUGUGUGACUUGGUGUGUGUGACUUACCAAGUGCUUCUUCUAAUCAAAGAGGAGCAGAAAUGGGAUCAGACAACUGCCCUCCCUCUGUCCUCCCCUGGAAGAAUGGAGAGCAGCUCUGCCCCCCUCCCCAGUUGUUUCCUGAAGAGCCCAACCCCUCUGUGGUGGGCAGCACCCACAGCUUCCAGCACUCACAGUUCUCAGAGCAGCAGUUACUUGUUGGAGCAUCCCAGGGUCCCCUCAGUGUCCCAGCUAAGGCACAGCUGCAGCCACAGGGACUCAAGUCAGGAGUUACACCCUCACAGCAAUAAACUUGACUUGCAGCCCUCGCCAGUGAACCCCCCUGAAUGUAUAUUUCUGUGUCUGUAGUCACCAAGAGAUGGUUUCUUAUUUAUUGUCGUAAAUCUCACAACGCUGCAUCAGGAUCAAGCUGCUUAAAGGAAAAGCAAAACCCCGAUCCAUUAGUUCCAAGGGAGAGGGAGGGACUUCUGUAAGUGCCUUUUUUCUUUUUUUUAAAGAACUGAUUGUGAACAAAAUGCCAGUGGUUCCUGUCGGGUCAGCAUUUCACUGCAAACAAAAAUGGUGUGUUUUGUAACUGUGGGGAUGUUUCUUAAAAACUGACAAGGUCAAAUAAACACUGACUGCUACAAC